AUGUGGUUUCAAGAGUUUUACAAGGUCGCUACAUUGUACGUUAAAUUAAUGCUCGCCUGCUAAUGAUCAUUCAAAAAUCCAGAUGAGCUACAUCAGCCAGCUUGUAAUUACCUUCGAUUAUGCCAUCGUCAAGUAGCAUCCUGGCACUUCUCUGGGACGUUUUUGGUGUUGAUAGAAGAAAUAAGAGACUCAUAGUGAUUGUCUCAGCAACUUGUGUUCUGUGGGUGACCACCUUUACAUUCCUUGUGCAUUUAGGUGCAAGAACCCAGAAGACAGCUGGACAACCGACAACCCACCCAAGCUCUGCAUACACACGGCCUAUGAAUUUCUCCCGUUUGAAUCGACGAACCCAUUCUACGAUAUGCUGAUUCUUUCAAUCUCGGUCUUUGCCGUUCAAGAGUUGAAGUUGAGCACCUGGAAGAAAUUUUCAGUAAUGAGCAUAUUCCUGCUGGGCGCCAGGUUUGCUAUCUCUCCCAUCUAUGAGCGCGCAUGA